UUCCAGGGUAUUAAUAUUACUUAGGACAUGGAGCAAUUGUACCUUUGCUCAGUUCGCUUUGAGUGCCAAGCUUUUUCAUUCCAGGAAGUCCUUGAUUGGCGGUUCCUCAUCCGUGGAGCUUUCCUUCUUGUUUCUUUUGUCAAUUGCACUUAGUGAACAGCUUCUACUGAAUGAUCAGUACAGGAGGCCAAAUGCGAAUUUUGUAUAAGCUAGGUGUUGGAUGUUUUGCUCAAUUCCAUAAGUAAGCUGCACCCACCUUAUUAUGAUGUCAGUUGUUACUGUACUGUUAACUACCUCGGCAAGUCUAUUGUUGCUAGUGCAUCACCAAUACAAAACCCAUUCUGGAUCGUUUGGAACCUUCCUCUGAGGACUAAAGUCAGCUGAUGUUUCUACGCAUCGUUGAGAGUUAGAUUGCAUUUUACUCACUUUUGUCUUAGUUUCUAGGAACCUUCAUCAGGAUUCAGUUAACUGGAGUAUCAAUAUCAGAUUAGAGCGUAUUUGAAGCAAGGAGCUAGUGUACUUUCGAGAAACACUGUCAACUGGAUCUUGAGCUGAUAAUUCAUCCUUUUGAAUUGGGCUUGUUUCGGGUCUAAGUUAGUUGUGAAGUGAGA